AUGUACGACCUUGUCGUAGUUGGUCAUGGCAUUGCCGGCCUCGCCGCUGCAGUAUCAGCUGCAGAAUUCUCGCCCUCGUCGCAGAUAGCCGUGCUAGAGCAUGCACCAGAGCAUGCGAGCGGUGGAAACUCACGCUGGAGCCCUGCCAACAUGCGAAUGCCAUCUGUCAAUGAGGUAUUACCAGGCUUCGUGGACGACAUGGUGGCUGCAAGCGGAAGUGGUGGCGACCGCGCGUAUUUCGAAAGGCUGGCUAGCCAGGCCCCUGAAGCCCUCCAAUGGCUCGAAAAGCAGGGGGUGCAGUUUCACGCCAUGGACUAUUUCUUGAAAUCUUGGCCUAACAGGAUCCAGCCUAUUGGCAAAGGUGCUGCCAUUGUGGAAGCCCUCAAGCAAUCAGCCAAAUCGAAGGGUGUCCAACUGGUGUAUAAUUGCCGUGCCCAGCGACUUCAUCUUGGCCGAGGACAGGCCAUAAUUGAGGCAGCUGAUGGGCGACGAAUCAUUGCCCGGUCUGUUGUGCUUGCCAGUGGUGGGUUUCAAGGCAGUCCAGACAUGCUGCGUACUCAUCUUGGUCCUGGUGCGGAGACGUUGAGACCGAUAUCACCUGGGACGGCCUGGAACGCCGGCGACGGCAUCCAGAUGGCGCUGGCCAACGGAGCCAAGGCCUCUGGCGAUUGGAACGGAAUGCACAGCGAAGUAAUCGACCCACGGAGCAGUCAGCCAGCGCCACUGGUCCUCAAUUACCCGUACGGGGUUGUGGUGAAUCAGGACGGAAAGCGGUUCCUAGAUGAAGCUAUCCGCUCCGAUAUGCCGCCGGUGACAGCGGACACGAUUUCUGGUCUGGCGGCACAGAUGGGGAUGCCGGAACAAGCGCUUCUGAACACAAUCUUAAACUACAAUGCAGCCUGCAACGCAAACAUGUCUGACUUUACGGCGGGCCGGCUUGAUAAUCUCGCCACUACCUCAGGCUUGCAACCAUCGAAAUCGAACUGGGCUAGGCCGCUCGACGCUCCGCCGUAUACCGCAUUCCCCUUAGCCGCGGCCAUUGUCUACACUUUCGGCGGCAUUGCGACUGAUGUGGAAGCGCGCGUUCUUGGCCAGAGAGGCAUCAUUCCUAAUCUAUAUGCUGCAGGUGAGAUUACUGGCCAUUUCUACGAGAAGGCUCCAAAUGCAGUGGCCGUUAUGCGGGCACUCGUCUUUGGACGUAUUGCUGGCCUCCAUGCCAUAAGCUCCCAUUAG